AUGCACAUUUUACUCACAAACGAUGAUGGGCCUCCAGACGCUAGAGCUUCGCCAUAUCUUCGCCAUUUCAUUCAGCAUAUUCUAAAAAGCCGUCCUGACUGGCAUCUUACCAUCUGCGUACCGGAUCAGCAGCGUUCUUGGAUUGGCAAAGCUAUUUUCGUGGGACGUGAUGUCCAUGCACGUUUUGCUUACAUGAGCAGAGAUGCGUCAGAUGACGUAAUGGUCGGCCCGUAUCUGCAGCCUCAACGGUCCGUGCAUGGAUCGUGUCUUCCAUGCAUCACGAACAAAGGCAUCGCUCCAGAUGCAGUUGAACUCUGUCUGGUCGACGGAACACCCGCAACGGCCACGGACGUUGGACUCCACCACUUGACAACUAACAAGUUCGACCUUGUGAUAUCUGGCCCCAACGUGGGACGCAACUCUUCUGCAGCGUACAUGACUUCCAGUGGGACUAUCGGGGCUGCGAUGGAAGCAGUAAUCACAGCUGGCGUCCGCUCUGUGGCUUUGUCAUGGGCCUAUUUCGAUGGAGUCAAGUACGUGGAAGACCAUAUCCUCAAAAGUGCCUCCGAACAGAGUUGUCGAGUGAUUGAGCAUUUGCGUGAAAACUGGAAUAGCGACACUCAGCUCUACAACAUCAACGUGCCUUUACUGGAGUCGCUUUCUGCAGACACAAAAGCCAUCUACACCCACGUUUUGGAGAACCAGUGGUGCUCGGUGUACAGUCGUGGGUUCGACGCAGACGCAAGCAAAACCACCAGAGCGGAAGACCAAUUUGCUGAUGUGGACUCGGAAAAUAAAGGCAUCACUUUCACUUGGCAGCCUGAUUUUAUCAAGCAGCGUGAAGCCAUAUUCGCCAGCCCGGAGGACAGUAAGAACGACGGGAGAGCGAUAGAAGCGGGCCUCAUUAGUGUAACUCCUUUGCGAGCCGUGUUUCAUCAGGUCCAGGGCUUAUUUGGAGAACUCACUCUUAAAGAGCCAAAAAAAUUGGGCAGACUCUCAGAAGCUCCGGUCGACGAAAAAAUUGCCAGCCAAAACGCAGGAUAUCUGCUCCUAACUCUUCCCUCCAGUGAGUACAUUUACCAACCUCUCACAUCCGCAAUUAAUAACAGAUUACCAAAUGUUCAAAUAGUGAAGUCUCAUCCAAAAAACGCAAAAGGCUUGAAAGUUCUUCAUUAUGGUGACUAUGAGCACAUCGACAUGGACAAACUGGUCUCAGACGGCACUUACUUCGCCAAUACCUACGUUUAUCGUAAGGCACUUAUUCGCAAACACUUCCUUGCGCACACAAUACACUCGUAUAUCGUUAAAAACCCGGAAUCAGCUCUGUCCAAAGCAUAUCUCGAGACUUUCACCAUCGAUGUGGACUACGCUGAAUUUCUAGACGAUGCCUUGGACGAAAAUUGGGAGUUGAGACAAGAACUUGAAGCGGAAGAUAAAUGGUGGAUUUUGAAACCCAGUAUGAGUGACAAAGCACAAGGCAUCAGAGUUUUCAAGACUAUUGAAGAUCUUCAAGCUGUGUUCGAUUCAUUCGACGAGGAGCCUACGGAUGAUGAGGGAGAAGCAAACCCAAACAGCAUUAUCACUUCUCAGCUGCGCCAUUUUAUUGUCCAAGAGUACAUGACCAACCCAUUUCUAAUGCCGUCUCUUCAAAACCGAAAGUUCCACAUUCGCUGUUACGUAACCUGCGUGGGAGAUCUUGAGGUUUACGUGUACGACAGAAUGCUAGCCCUGUUUGCCCCAGAGGCCUUUAAUAGUCUUACUGAUGAUUAUAAUGCUACAGAUUCAAAGCACUUGGCUUGCCACCUAACCAACACAUGUCUACAAGAGAAUAAGGAUACCAAAGAAAGUACUGUGUACGAGCUGGACGCUUUGGAGGACUUGUCCCCAAGCGAUCGGUUAAAAAUCAAAUCUCAAAUCCAUGAGAUAUCUCGUGAGCUUUUCCUGGCCGCGGUGACAACAAAUAGAAUGAACUUCCAGCCUUUACCAAAUGCUUUUGAGACAUACGGCUUGGACUUCUUGGUCGAUUCAUUUUUGAACGUGAAAAUCCUUGAAGUAAAUGCCUACCCUGAUUUCAAACAAACAGGAAACGAGUUAAAGGGUUUGAUCGAUGAGCUUUUCGAUGAGCUCACCAAAAAUUGUAUUGUGCCUCUUUUCCAGGAAGAAAAAGCCGAAUUUGAAGCCUCUAGCUUUGUUCGGGUGCUAGAUCACCAAUCCCACGAGUGGUGA